UUUGAAAGUCAUGCCCCGGAAGCUGUCGCUUGCCCGUGCCCACGUGACGCCGGUGACUGUACUUCCAGCAUGGCUGCCAUUGGCGUUCACUUCGGUUACACAUGCGCCUGUGUGGCGAUAUUGAAGGACGGCCGAGCUGACGUCAUCGCCAACGAUGCGGGAGACCGAGUGACUCCAGCUGUUGUCGCCUACAGAGAAAAGGAGCAGAUUGUGGGGAUCGCAGCUCAGCAAGGACGCGUCCGCAAUGCUGCCAACACAGUCGUCAAGGUCAAGCAAGUGCUGGGCAGAAGCUUCGAUGAUGCAGAGACGCAAAAUCAUAAAUCGGAGACCAAAUGUCAGGUGGUAAAUCGAGGAGGGAAGCCCUAUUAUGAGAUCACUGCAGGAGAACAAUCGCAGUAUGUGGCACCAGAGAAUGUUGCCAAACUCAUCUUCCACAAAAUGAAAGAAACGGCUCAGUCGGCUCUCGGCUCCGACGUCACCGAUGCUGUCAUUACCGUCCCUUUUGAGUUUGAACACGCUCAGAAACGUGCGCUGAGGGAGGCAGCCGAAUCUGCAGGCUUCAACGUCCUCAGGUUGAUCCACGAGCCUACGGCUGCUCUUCUGGCCUACAACAUCGGACAGGACUGUUCUGCUCCAAAGAGCCAUGUUCUGGUUUACAAACUGGGCGGGACAUCUCUGAGCGUGACGGUGCUGCAGGUCAAUGGCGGAAUGUUCCGGGUUCUGAACACCCACACUGACCAUAGCAUCGGCGGGGAGAGUUUCACGCAGGCUUUGGCCCAGCAUCUCGCCACGGAGUUCAAACGCACUUUCAAACACGACGUGAGCAGUAACGCACGGGCCAUGCUCAAGCUGAUGAACGGAGCGGACAUGGCCAAGCACUCUCUGUCUUCUCUGGGAGCAGCCAACUGCUUUGUUGACUCCUUGUACGACGGCGUAGACUUUGACUGCAACGUCUCUCGAGCUCGAUUUGAGCUGCUCUGCUCCUCCCUCUUCAACAAGAGCAUCCAGCCAAUCAGACGCCUCCUCGAGGAGACCAAACUCUCCACCAGUGACAUCAACAAUGUGGUUCUUUGUGGCGGCUCGGCCCGCAUCCCUCGUCUGCAGCAGAUGAUGCGCGACAUGUUCCCAGAUGUGGAGCUCCUCAGCUCAGCUCCUCCUGAUGAGGUCAUUGCGGUGGGGGCGGCCCUCCAGGCAGGCCUAUUGGUCGGCAGGGAGCCGCUUGUUGCGGAUGAUGAUGAGACUAUCCAAGUUGAUGUGUCUGCCUCAGACAUUCUAGUCAAGGAGGUGGAUGAAUGCGGAGGGGAGGCAUUCACCGUGCUGUUGCCGUCUGGCUUGCCGCUCCCUGCACGCAGGAACCACACCCUGUGUGGGCGGGGCCAACUCUCCUCCCUCUGCCUGGAGAUCUACCAGAGAUUUGCUGCCGAGCAGCCAGAGCAGCUUGCCAAGAUCAUCCUGCGUGACCUGCAGCCCCAAGAAGUGCAACACCACGUGGACACAGUGGUCACCAUGACACGGGAUGGCUCCGUCCACGUUUCCUGCGUCGAGCAGAACUCUGGGAGGUCAGAGGUCAUCACCAUAGCAGCUGCAUCUUGAUACCAACAAUUAGAGAACACGUGCUGGUCCAGUUCAAUUCUUUUUUUAUUAGUGUACAGAAUCCAAUAAACACACCAA